ACUUAACAAACUUCAUUUUCUUUCCCUUCGCUUGAUACUCGCAAACUCCUAAAUCCCAGAAACCAAACUUUGUAUUAUAAGUAAAACAUUUUUUCCUAGUAAAACCAUGAUAAGUGGGGGAGAUGUUUACAAGGUAAUCGAAGCAAUGGUUCCACUCUAUGUAGCCUUAAUCUUAGGCUAUGGUUCGGUGAAAUGGUGGAACAUAUUCACUCGUGAUCAAUGCGAUGCCAUAAACCGGCUCGUAUGCUAUUUCACCCUACCGCUCUUCACCUUCGAGUUCGCAGCUCAUGUUGACCCAUUCGACAUGAAUUAUCGGUUCAUUGCAGCUGAUGUCCUCUCUAAGGUCAUCAUAGUCACGGUCUUAGUGUUUUGGGCCAAAUAUAGCAAGAAAGGAAGCUAUUGUUGGUCCAUUACUAGUUUCUCUCUAUGCACUCUUACUAACUCUCUUGUCGUGGGUGUGCCAUUGGCUAAGGCGAUGUACGGACAACAGGCUGUUGAUCUCGUGGUUCAGUCCUCGGUGUUUCAAGCAAUCGUGUGGCUCACACUCUUGUUGUUUGUCUUAGAGUUUAGAAGAGCCGGAUUUAGUAGUAACACUAAGGCAGAUAACAUCAAUAUCGAAGGUGGGAGAAGAGAAACUUUGGUUGUGGGAGAGGAGAAGUCGUUGCUUGAGGUCCUAUCCAUCGUGUGGUUGAAGCUUGCAACGAAUCCGAAUUGCUAUUCUUGCAUCCUUGGGGUCGCAUGGGCUUUUAUUUCUAACAGAUGGCAUUUUGGGAUGCCGGGGAUAAUGGAGGGAUCGAUUCUUAUAAUGUCAAAAGCAGGAACAGGAACUGCCAUGUUCAAUAUGGGGAUAUUCAUGGCACUACAAGAGAAGUUGAUAGUAUGUGGAACAAGCUUGACUGUGCUUGGGAUGUUCUUGAAGUUUAUAGCCGGACCCGCCGCCAUGGCCAUCGGUUCUAUCGCCGUUGGCCUCCACGGCGAUGUGCUCCGCGUCGCCAUUAUUCAGGCUGCUUUGCCACAAUCGAUCACUUCGUUCAUUUUUGCUAAGGAAUACGGAUUACAUGCAGAUGUUCUAAGCACCGCGGUGAUAUUUGGGAUGUUGGUCUCUUUACCAGUGCUCGUCGCCUACUACGCAGCUUUGGAGUUUAUUCAUUAAUUAAUAAUUAAAUAAAAAAACAAGUAUAAAUCAAUGGUCUCUCCUAGGCUUUUUCGCUCUCUUACCUUUGGUCAUCAUCACAACUUUUUUCUCUUUUACACUAAAGAGAAAAAAUUAUUUGUUUUUUUUCCUUUUAAGGGAAUUUUGAAGUGUAUUUGAGAUAUAAAAAAGUCUUUUAUAAGUAAUCUAUGGAUUUUGGU